AAAAAUGGUGAAAUGAACGGAUAUUGUUUUGAGGGGCGUCUGUCCAACUGUACGAAGGACAUCCCAAAAAGUUGCAAGGACACAUCCGUAAAUAUUGACAAACAAACAAAACGCAUAAACCCUCCGUAAAAUUUAAAAGCUCAUUUUACCCAUUUACCAGCCCCAUUUCACCGAUCUCAACCUAAGACACCUUUUACUACCCCUUUAAUUUUUUUUAAAUUAUUAAUUAUUAGUUUUUUUUUUUCCUUCUUUUUUUUAACUCGGUUAUGGAGGUUUUCUCCGGCGACCGGCAAAUUCCGAAUCCUGACGACUUCCCUCUGCACAUAGCCCCUUUUCCCGAGCCCACCGACAUCCUCUACGCCCAUCCGACGGCUCUGAUUCACUCGUCGGGUAUAACCGACCACCCGAUUUCGCUGCCGCAAAAGCUCCGUCCCAUCAGGUGCAACGUCAGGUCUUCGGUUAGCGGCGACCUGGAAAAGGGGCUUCUUCUGAGCGACGAGGUGUGCUCCAUAAAUAGAGAGUUGGAGUUGGAGGUGAAAGUAGAAACAAGUGGUGAGGCGCCAAAUGGUGUUGGUUUGGGCGAUCCGGUUCAAGUCGGGUCGGGUACGGUAGCUGAGGGUUCGGACCCUAACGGCAGGGAACGUGUUGUGGAGGAUGAAACCAGCUCGCCUUCGGAUGAUAGUAGUGAUGAUUAUUCGGCAUGGAGCUUGGAAGAACCAACGAACAGGAAGAGGAGCAGGAGGAGGAGGAGAAAAUCAAGGAGAAAGCUUGAGGCUUUCUUGGAAAACCUAGUGAUGAAAGUGAUGGAGAAACAAGAGCAGAUGCACAAGCAGUUGAUUGAGAUGAUAGAGAAAAGGGAGAAAGAGAGAAUAAUCAGGGAAGAAGCUUGGAUGCAGCAGGAGAUGGAAAGGUUGAAAAGGGAUGAGGAGGCACGAGCUCAAGAGACAUCUAGGAACCUUGCCCUGAUUUCCUUGGUACAGAAUCUUAUGGGUCAAGAAAUUCAGAUACCUCAAAUUCAAAUACCUCAAGUACAACCGGUAGUUUCCCCAGGAACUGAUGACAGUCAUCAAAAAGAGAUGAAAUGUUGUGAUCCAAAUAAUAAGAGAUGGCCAGAAGGUGAAGUACAAGCUCUAAUAGCAGUGAGAGCUUCUUUGGAACAUAAAUUUCAAAUUACAGGCUCCAAGAGAUCCAUAUGGGAAGAGAUAUCUAUUGGGAUGUGCAAUAUGGGAUAUAACAGAACAGCCAAAAAGUGCAAAGAGAAAUGGGAAAACAUCAACAAGUAUUUCAAAAGAUCAGCGGCAAGUGAGAAGAACCGUGAUUUUGCAAAUGGUAAGAGUAGUGGUCGUCCUUAUUUUCAUGAUUUGGAGUUGCUGUACAAAAAUGGAUUUGUACAUCCCAGAAAUUAUUUUAGCAUCACAAACAACGAGAAUGAGGCCAAGAACUUAUAUGAUUGAUUAACAGUCGCUUCAAAUUGGCUUUAACCUCUUCAUCUGGUUUUUGGCUCUUCAUGAUAGACAGCUAAAAUUUCGUCCGGAAACCAUGUCCUACCACCUUGAUUAUAACCAACUGGACUUUUUUUUUUUUUUUUUAAUUUCCUUUUUUCCUUCGGCAACAUCUUUUUGAUGGAUGGAGCUUUACCAAUAUAUGUACAAUGUCUGAAUUUCAUAUGUUGGAAAAUAAUUUUGUUCUUGGUUGGGAA